AUGCACAUUCAUACACACACACAGGGCAAGUGAGCAUAAGUACGCAACGAGUACAGAGAAUAAAUCACACGAAAUGCGAAUGGAACGAAACGAAACCGAAGCACAGUACCAAACAGUCUCUUACAUACAUUCACUCUUUCACCAGGCAGCCUCUGCCCCACCUUUCAUCGCCUAACCACCCACCACCCCAUUCCACCCUUUCCAACCUUCUAUCAGAGGCAGCGACGACGACGUCGCUUAAAAAUCCCACAACAGUAGACUGCGAAGCCGAAAGGUGGCCUCUGAAAGUGUGCGGAGUGUGGGGACGGGGUGGCGAAGACACACAACCAGAGACAUGCAGACGACAAAAAAGGCGGAGUCUAAAAACUGGGGAGCAAAACAACAACAACAACGUCAACUGAAAAAGGAAAUAAAAAUCAUCUCUCUCUUUCCCUCAACUGGAGCUUGAAACGAAAAAAGCGUGGAGCAAAAAAAUGAAGCGAAUGCCGAGUAAAAGCCGAGCUGCGCAGCCGGCAGCGCUGCUGGCGCCUCAGCCACAGUCGACGUCGACGGAGCGUGUAUGACGAAUUCAACUCGCAUUGCACACUUUCAUACGUGUCCCGGAGGUGGAGCUAGAAGGGAGUGGGUCGGGAACGGAAACGGGAACGGGAACGUGAGCGAUAAGGGGAAGGGGAGCGGAGCUUGAAACAGGACAAGGGUCGAGGCGGAGAUGAUGACGAUGCCUGAUUCGUACAUUGACAAGCAAAGCACCUUGCACGUGACUGGGACGGGGCAUGUUAAAGGACGCCGACAAGGAGUUGAUUAAACAUCGCCUACUGACGUCGCUUCCCAUGACCGACUUCGCUCGUCAGGUGGCGCCCAUACAGCCUCCUCUGCCGCUCCAAAUUCCGCUGCCGCUUUUGGCCAAGACGCCGACCAACGAUCACGCCCCGAUGCACUCUACGCCACCAACGACGCCGCCCACGCCUCCACCUCUGCCCUUGAACAUGAGUCAAGCAGCCACGGCGGCGGUAGAAACGGAGUCUCCCUGUGAACACAGUCCGCCAACCACACCCCCCUCGAGAGGGGCAAGCGGAGCAAACUCGGCCCCACAGGAUCACUACAGUCUGCGCUGGAACAACCACCAAAACCACAUCCUGCGGGCCUUCGAUGCACUGCUGCAGACCAAGACGCUGGUGGAUGUGACCCUGGUUUGCGCAGAAACUUCAAUCCGUGCACACAAAAUGGUGCUCUCUGCCUGCUCGCCCUUCUUCCAGCGCGUGUUCGCGGAAACCCCCUGCAAGCACCCGGUUAUCGUGCUUAAGGACUUUCGGGGCUGGGUUGUGCAGGCCAUUGUGGACUUCAUGUACCGCGGAGAGAUCAGCGUCCCCCAGCAGCGUCUCCAGACCCUUAUUCAGGCUGGAGAGUCGCUUCAGGUGCGGGGACUGGUGGAGAGUUCAGUGCCCGAGCACACGCCCACGCCGGCCGCCUCUCCCGACGACUUUGGAAUGCUAGACGCAUCGAUGCUGUCCUCCAGUUUCAAUGACGAAUCGCCCUCGAUGGCCGGACCGUCGGCGUCGGGCAAGCUGAUGAUGCCCUCCGCCCGACUGUUUGGCAAUGGCUCAAACACCAUGCCUGCAUUGAGUCUUCGCCGUAAGCGGGAGCAGGAUUUCGACCGCGAGCAAGAGAGCGAUCAGGAGUUGGGGAGCAGUUCGCCCAUGCCGCGACGCAAGCAGGCACGGCCUCGCCGCCGAUCUGGCGAUGUUCCCCACGACUUUGCCCUUAACAAGACCGAUGCGGAAUCUCUGCAAACUGUGAUCAAGCACGAGCUGCUGGAGCGUUCGGAAAGAGACCACGACGAGGAUCAUGAUCAAGAUCACAUCCAAAGCGAGACGCAGAAAAAUGAUUCCUCGGCAGCGGAAACGUCGACAAACCAGUCGAAGGAGCAGCAGACGCUAAAGCCAGAAAUACCCGAUCAUCGCCUUAACCUCAACGAAAGCCACCAUCAACUCGAGCUGGACGAUGAGGACGACGACGAUCAGGACCAUGAGGAAGAGGAAGAGGAGCAGGACAUUGAAGAGCUUAUUCACACAACUAACGAGCUGAGACGACAGGCUGCCGUGGCCGCUGCAAAUGCGACCGCCAUGUCGCCCACCCCCUCACCCUGCCCCAGUGACGGGCCAGAGGACCUCUGCACCACCAAGAAGCCCAAGGACGGAAACACCGCCCACUCGUCUGACUGUGAGUCCAAUAACAACAACAGCAGCAAGCUGCAGGACAACAACCAGCGCAUUAUGCUGUCUCUGAAGGACAUCCGCCAACUAAACGCCAAUCCGAACCCCACAGCCAUCCACACGCCCACCAGCUGCUCUGGAGGCAACAACGGACUCCUGAGUUUUCCACCGCCGGGUCUUCGGCCACCUGGACUCCCGGACAGCCCGCCGUGCCACAUGGAAGCGCUGGAGGCGCAGAUGCACGCUGCCGCGGCAGCAGCUGUGGCGGCUGCCGGAGCCGGCGAGCAUCCUUUCCAGCACAUGGAGCACCAAAUGGAAAUGUCUUUGGCGGCUGCGGCGGCAGCAGCUGCCAUGCAUCAGCGGGAGCCAAGAGAUCCCCGUGAUCCUCGAGACCACAACGUAUUUGCCAGCAAUCUUUUAGGGCCAAUGGGAAUGCCCCCGUUUGGAGGUCAUAACGGAGGACAUCCGGGCAGCAGUGGUCCUGGAAGCGGAUGUCCCGGGCAGGCUGCUCACGAACGGCUCGAGGAGAGCAUGAAUCGGCUGAGUAAGGAGCUGGGCAAGGAGUUCGGAAAGGAUUUUGGCAAGGAGUUUGGAAAGGAGUUUGCCCCGGCGUCGCCAAUGAGUUUGCCAGGACACUUCAAUGCACCGGAUGGACCUCCGCAUCCGCCGUCGCCACUGCCCUUUCCUGGCAUGUCGUCUGCGAUGACGUUGACGCCUCCGCACAUGUUUGGGUUGGACUCCCCACUCGGACUCUUUCCUCCUGGGAUGGAUCCUGGCAAGCUGUACAAUCCGCUAAUGGAAAUGAGCGAUCCGAGAGACAUGACUGGAGGGGCACCACCGUUUCUCAAAAAAAAAAUGCCACGACCAAAGGGGCAGCACUCGGCGCCUCGCGGAGGUCCUCCUCGCUCCUGGACCAACACAGAACUGACGGAGGCACUGCAGCACGUUUGGAACAAAAAGAUGACCACGUCGCAGGCCUCGCGCAUUUUCGGUAUCCCCUACAACUCCCUGCUUAUGUAUGUGCGGGGCAAGUACGGAAAAAGCUUGAAGCUCGAGCAGCUGCGAAAGGAUUGUAUCAGUGGUCCGCCGAUCGAGAUGCUGCAGAUGGGCAUUAGCGGCGGCAACGGGGGCAGCAGCGGCUCCAACAAGAGCGAGAAAAGCAAGGAGCGCAAAGAUAAAGAGAAGGACAAGAGCUCCGCGAGCAACAACGGCUCCGGUGGCACGACCAAUGCCCAAGGCGGAGGCCCGACUUCUGGAAACGGAUCCUCCGUGCCGCAUUCCGGGGAUCUUGGACCCUUGGGCCCGCUGGACCUGGAGCUAGGUCUUCCCCUGGGACCACCUGGCGGCCCUCGCAGCGGCAGUUCGGAGCCCGAUCUGCUGAGCGGUCCCAAUGCCCUCUUCAACCCGUUCAACCCGCAGGGCUUCUACCCGGACUUUGCCGGCGGCUUUCCCGGCCUUCCCCUGAGCAUGCUGAAUCUGCUGCCGCCGGCAGAGCGCCACCACGCUGCGGCAGCCAUGCACCACCUGGGCGUAACCAUGGACGAGGACUGCAAGUCUGUGGGAUCGAAGCAGUCUUCCUCCAUAGACGAUGACUUCGCGGGCCCUGGGAUGCCACACUCGCUGGACCAGCGGCGGGAGAUGAGCGCGACGGGCCCACCACUGUCGCAAUCGAAUGGGGCGGCCGGGCAGGAUUGAAACUUGUGGCGGGAUUGGGCAACUGGGGCUACCAACGCCAAUCCAAUAUACUUCCCUGCUUUCGAGCUGAACCAUGAGCAGAACCCGACCCCACAGUCCCUGCCUAUGCGACCCGCCCUGCACCAAAUGGCCUGCCGUGAGCUCAGUUUUAAGCCGGACCUAUUCAUGGCCAGGCGCAAGCUGAAACGCUUUCGAACCAAACGCCAGCUCCAAACGCAGAUGGAGCCGCCAAACGCAGCCGUUUCUGCCAACUGUACCAUCAGCCACGCGCUGCCAUCGCUGAGGACUUGAAUGUUAACCCGAAUGCAAUAUGAUUACUUUUAGUUUAUUUUAUUUUUUAGUGCCCGUGAAGGACAAUAUUGAUUUACUAGGAUAACGUUCCCCUUUGUUUGAGCAAAAAAAAUCUGUAAAUUUUGCUGGUGCUUUUAGUUCCUAUUCCCAAUUAUAUAAUUUUAAUAUUUUGCUUUAAUUUGGAUAAUUGUAAUUGGAUAUGACAAAGCUUACAAAGCAUUUGAGGCAAUACAUAAAAACAAUAUAUAUUACAGCCUGUAUUAUUAUAUAAUUUAAGUAUGGAAAGGAAUAUAAUCAAAAAGAGCGAAGGUUAAGAAAAGAUAAAAAUUGUGUAUAUAUGAGGAAAUCCAAACCAACAAACAACAUUAGCCCCCUGCUCAGGCUGUGGAACCGAUUGCCACGGCCUGCUUGUUUGGGAGAGAGUUAUACAACAUGGCGAAUAGUAGUAUUGAUAAUAUCGGUUACACGGCCGAUGACUGUACCAAAAUUUUUAAUGUUAUUUUAUAAAAGAAAAACAAAAAAAAAUAGUUUUAGUCGUAAGUUUUCUCGUAGAAAAUUCGUAAUUGUAUAGAAAACAUCAGCACCAAUAUUAACCACUCAUAGUUGCACAUUCCCCUCACCAAAAGUCGACAUUCCUAGUUAUUGGCAGAUGCCCUUUGUAAAUCUCUGCCAAUCUCAUGGAAUAACCCAGAAAAAUCCGUUUUGUAAUCUUAUUUGUAAAGAAUUGAACAAAACCAACCGAUUAAAAAUACACAAUGUGACACAUUUCCGCACAUAGUUUUAAUAACUUAUAAGCUCAAAUAAAAUAUUUUAAUAUUAAAUAUUACAACAGUAACUUAUGUAAGUAAAAAAAAAAGUAUAUGCAUUACAAUAAAUAGCAAAGGUUAUUAAAUAAAA